AUGAAGAAUGUGCAAAGAGAAAAAGAAGGAAAAAAAUAUAAUGAUGAGAAAGUUAAGAGUAGUGGGACGAACUAUCAUCCUAUGAGUAGUGAAAAUAAAAAAUGGAUUGACGAAGCUUGGUUCGAAUCGAACACAGUGUGCAGUAAUAUCAAUGUAGAUUCCUCCCUUGACAAAUGUAGGGAGCGCGCUGGGGAGGGGAAAACAUUUGGAGAGGUGUUCAGAAGGGUGGGUGAUGACUCCAAGGGGGAUGACAUCCCAGGUGGUGAUCUCACAGAGGGAGGCCAUUCAGCUGAUGAGCACAAUGACGAUAAUGGGUACGAACGAACGGGCUAUGUCAAUGUGACCCACUCGGGGGGAGAAACAACAGGUGAGGAUAAUACACGUUGGAAGGGCCCCCUGGAGGGGAGCAAAACGGAUGAUCUUUUGUCCACGAAGGAGGGGAAAGAAGUGGAAAAAAAGCAUAAACAGAAAAAGUGGUCAUGUAAAAAGAGAGUAGAGAGACGACAGACAAAUGCAGCAAGUACCAUGCUUGAUCAACCGGGAAGCGAAAAGCUGGAACACCUGAAGGACAUCCUACACGAACAGCUAAAAAAAAAACACAUUUUGGAGGAAAAGCUAAGGGUGAGGCAGCAUGAAAGGAGUAAGCUAGAGGAAGACGUAAAAAACGCAGGAGCAGAACUGUUUCGAGUAAACAAAGAAAAAGAUUUUUUAAAUAAAAAGGAACAAGAAUUAAGUGAGGCAAUAAAGAACAUGAAAGAUGAGAGGGAGAAACAGCUGGGAAAGCAAAACGAGUUGAAAAAAAAUUACAACAAGCAAAUGGCAAAUUUGAAGAAAGAACUGAAUUACCAAUCGGAUGUCUUCACCAAAUUUAAUAAUAGCCUCCUCGAACUGAACAAUUUGAGGAGGUACUUCGACUUGGUGAAUGCCAACUCGCGCAUUAGUGAAAAUGUGUUAGGGGAGGGGCGGCAGACGGGGCAGAAGCGGCGGGGGAAGGUAAGAAGCGGAGAGGGGGAGGCAAGAAGCGGAAAGGGGGAGGCUUCCUUCGAGGAAGGACGCGAGCUUGAGGGAGAACCCCCCGUGGAGAAAACCCCUGUGGAGAAGUCCCCCCUGGGAACCCAGUCAGCCAUACAGAAGAAGGAAAAUAUUCUGAACAAAAUGAACCACGAUUUGAACGAAAUACAAAACGAUAUAGACACAAAGAAGGACAUAGAAAGGAACGAGCAAACGGAAUGUGCCAAUUUGGAAAGACUGAUCAGGGAGGAGAAAGAACAGUACGGACAGUUAAAGAAGGGGAGGCAUGAAAUGAUGAAGGAGCUAAACGAAUCGAUCAGCAAAAUGAAACAGAGAGAUGAAGCCAUUGAUGAAAUGAACACAAAACUAAUGGAACUAAAGUCAAGCAUAUACGACAUGGAGAUACAAAAGGAUGUCCUGACAAAGGAACUUACAACAGAAAAGGAUAAAAAGGAAAAGCUUCAGUCCGAGCUUGGGGCGCUGAAAAAUGAGACGGAACGAACCAUACAGGGGAAAAAAAAAAUCCAGAAGGAUGUAAACACCAUUGUGCAACACAAUGAAGAUGUCAAAGUGGAUAUACAAAAUGAGAGAGACAAGUGUGUACAAAUAAACGAAGAAAUAGGAAAACUCAAAAAGGAGAUAAGAAAUAGGGAAAACAAAAUAAAGAUAGUAAAAAAUGACAUUAACAAAAAUAUAGACAAAAUAAUUAAUAUGUAUACAGAAGAAAUUAAAGUGAGUCAUUUUUCCUCCAAACUGAAAAACGAUCUGGCGAACGUGAAGGAAAAUAUAACAAAAAAGGAAAACGAAAUUGAAAAUUACAAAAAUGGUAUCAUCCGAAUUAAGAUACAGCAAAUUCUGGAAAGUACAAAGAUAGAAAAUGUGCAAAAAAAAGUAAAAAAAUUAAAUGAAGAAUUUGAGGAGAAACAUGAACUGCUAACUAACUAUGAUCAGAUCAUAAAGAAAAAUCAUUACCUGAUUGAAAACAAGCAGCUGGAAGUAGAUAGACUGAACGAGGAGUUUGAUAAGAAAAAUAGAAAAAAUUGUGAUGAUCAUGGAAUGCCUCUCACAUUGAAUAUAAAAAUAGAAAAGCUAAACAAACAAAUAAAGGAUGUACUUAAACAGAGCAGACAUUUGGAAAAAGAUUGGUUCUUGAAACAGUCGGAAAUGAUAAAAAUACAAAAUGAGAACCAAAAAAUGAACGAAGAAAUGCUCAGGGGGAGAGACUUACGACUCAUUCUGAAUCAGAAGAAAUGCGAACUGCAAGAAAAUUUCAAAAACGCACAAAAUGUACUUAAAAAAAUAAAUAAAAAUAUUAUGUACAUACGAUUGCAGCUGGAAAAGUUCGCCUCCAAAAAUUCCGACACACUGGGAGAAAUCGAUAAAAUGAAAGACGACAUACUGAGAUGGAAUGAAAAAAAAAAUAUCAAAUCUGAGGAGUAUAAGCGGAAAAAGGAAAACUUAAAAAAUGAUAUCGACUCCUUAAAAAGUGAAAAAGAGAAAUACCAACAAGACCUCCUACAGUAUGAAAAUAAAAUUCUCAUUUUGGAAAACAAAAUUGACCAGAAAAAAAAAUUACAAGGAGUUAUCAAAGAGUACACGGAAAAUAAGGACAUCCUACUUUUGAAGAAAAACAUACAGGCAAAAAAUGAUCUCAUAGAAAAUGCAAAAAAACAACAAAAUAUUCUUCUCGCGAAUAUCAAACAGGCAUUAAACAAACGGAACGAACUGGACAAUAAGAAAGAAGCUUUUCAAAAAAAUUUUGACAACGGAGUUAAUGUCUCCUUUAAAAUACAACACGAAAUUUCUUUUGUUAAAAAAAAUGUCAAGGAGGUUAAAGGAAAGAAGGUGUCCCUUGCAAAGUACUUAACCGAACUGAUCCACUCCUAUGACCAACUUACGAACCAGACACAACAAGAGAAGGCGCACCUCUUAAAUCUAAACAGACAGUGUGACAUCUACGAGGGCAUACUUAAGAUUCAAAAUUGUGAAAAGAAGCAGCGAUUCCAGGAAUUGCUAAAAUUUCAAAACGCAGUAAAAAAUGGUGGCUCUCUUUACAGCUCGAAGAAGCCGUAUGAAACUCUGCGGAAGAGCUGCGCCUCCUACAGGAGGAGGCUCGCCGCCAUUCAGAACAAGCUGCGUGGCUUGGGUGCCACGGAUGAGGCGUACUCCAAGUUGAUUGGGGUGCUGCUCGAGUGGCUCGCCAACUGA